GCGAGCCCGCCGAUACGAGCAUAGUCCCGAAGCUCGAGCAUUUCCUUCUCUUUUGCGCCUUCACGAUUCUCUAGUCCGCGAUUCUGCGGAGCUCAGGCAGGCAUCGAUCGGAGACACGAAUUUCCCUCUAGCUUUGAAGUAAGCAAGGAUGGCAGAGACCCUGGUGCUUCGUGGUACUCUGAAAGGUCAUAGCAACUGGGUGACGGCAAUUGCCUGUCCCCUCGACAACCCGGAUUUGAUCCUGUCCGCCUCGAGGGACAAGAGUAUCAUCGUCUGGACUCUCACCAGGGAGGAGGGUAACUACGGUUUUGCCAAGAGAAGAUUGACCGGACACGCACACUUUGUUCAGGAUGUUGUCAUCUCGUCUGACGGUCAGUUCGCUCUGUCCGGUUCAUGGGAUGGAACCCUUCGUUUGUGGGAUUUGAACUCAGGAACCACCACCAGGCGGUUUGUUGGACACACCAAGGAUGUGUUGUCUGUUGCUUUCUCCGUUGACAACAGGCAGAUUGUGUCUGGAUCUCGCGACAAGACCAUCAAGUUGUGGAACACCCUUGGAGAGUGCAAAUACACCAUCCAGGAUUCUGAUGCCCACAGCGGAUGGGUCAGCUGCGUGCGAUUCUCCCCCGUGACCGCAAACCCCUUGAUUGUUUCCGGUGGAUGGGACAAGGUCGUGAAGGUGUGGAACCUGACCAACUGUAAGAUCCGCACCAGCCUGGUCGGACACACCGGUUACAUCAACACUGUCACCGUGAGUCCCGAUGGUUCUCUCUGCGCUAGUGGUGGCAAGGACGGAGUCGCCAUGUUGUGGGAUCUUGCCGAGGGCAAGAGACUUUACUCUCUGGACGCCGGUGACAUCAUCCACGCUCUGUGCUUCAGCCCCAACAGAUACUGGUUGUGUGCCGCCACACAGCAGUGCAUCAAGAUAUGGGACUUGGAAAGCAAGUCUAUUGUCGACGAGCUGCGCCCUGACUUCCAGUUCGUGAGCAAGAAGGCCCAGGUUCCAUACUGCAUCAGUCUGAACUGGAGCGCAGACGGCAGCACUUUGUACAGUGGCUACACCGAUGGCCACAUCCGCGUCUGGGCAGUCGGUCGGGCCUAAGUUUUGAAGUAGAGCGUAGCCUCGAAACGUAUCCAUGAAAUGGGCAAUGUAAUUCAGCACUGUGGAGUCUUGUGGGAUCCCAGUUUCUCACUUGUGGGCAUUAAUCCAUAUGAUAGAUCCUGUUAACAGGAUGGAGUCAUACAGAUGCCUUCCAUAGGAAAUUAUCUGAGAGUGCCCAACGGAGUUCCGGCAUAUGAAAGGAAGAAAGAAGAUUUCACUGAUUCAUUAUGAUGAGUCUUCUGUUUCUUGGUGAUGAAAUGCUUCUGGUCUUAUGUUCUCUAAGGGCGCGCUGAAAUAUACCCAUGUGGAUCCCGGUACUAGUUCUAUGACCUUCGAACACGAAGAAUAGCCAAAUUGAGCUUAGGUCAGCCCUGUGGAGGAUGGCGCUUGGAGGAGAAACAGCCGAGUAAAGCCUUGCCAUGACUUUUGAGAUGAACGCUGGAUGAGCCUCACUCCUAGUGCUUAAAGGAUGGUGAAGUGCAGCUAUACCAUCCGUGGUCUAUACUCAAUAAACCUGUCAAUUUGUUCGAUGUGUA